AUGAAGCUGGUCCUGGACGAGGAGUUCCGCAAGCCUUUCGGCAACCUCAUGCGGUGGUUCAGCCUGUGUACCGCCCAGCCAGAAUUCGCCAGCGUCCUGGGGAAAGUGGCCCUCUGCGGCAAGGGCGCCGCCGCCGCCCCGAAAAAGGAGGCAGCUCCCAAGAAGGAGGCGGUUGCCAAGAAGGAGGCGGCGCCGAAGAAGGAGGCCGCUCCGAAGAAGGAGGCCGCGCCCAAGAAGGAGGCCACCAAAAAGGAGGAGAAGAAGGACGCGAAGGCGGCCGCUACCGAGGACGUCGACGUUUUCAAGCGGCAGGCCGACGCGACAGCCGAGGCCCAGCGACAGCUCGCCGAGGAGUGGGGCCUCGAGUGGCCCAGGCCGCAGCCAACGGGGCCACCGCGCAAGGGGGGGCCGAUCCCCAGAGCCCAAAAAUGGCAGGAUAGUCACGAUAGUCUUUACCAGUGGCACGCGGGAGUUGUGAAGGGCGAGCUCCCCAAGCCCUCGGCGCCCCCGCCGCUGCUGUUCCCGUCGGACUGGGACCAUAAGAAAUGCCCCGCGUGGGCGUACCAGGCGAGGGCGACGACCCCCGACAGAGACCCCCAGGCCACUCCGAAAGCGCAGAACGGGGAAACCCAAGACGAUCUGACGCCCGAGAACGGCCCGCAGGGCACUCCGAAGGCGGAGGGCGGGGACACCCAGGGCGUGGUGAACGACGAGUGCGCGAAGCAGCCCGAGAAGAAGCGGAGUUAUCAUUUGUACCCGCCCGAGGUGGUUGAUUUCUAUUUCGGUUUCGAAAAGGACAUGGGGGGGGCCCGCUCGAAAGUUGUCGACUUCGUCAAGAGUCACUACCCCUCCCUGUUCCCGAAGACCUUCUGUGAAAGCCGAUCCUGA